CCAUUUUUGCUCAGCAGCAGCUUACAUUUGAAAGGGUGGUGAGGGUCAGCGUUUUGAAUGAUGCACUAAAGAGCAUGUACAAUGCAGAGAAGAGGGGCAAACGACAGGUCAUGAUCAGGCCUUCCUCAAAAGUGAUCAUUAAGUUCCUCUUGGUCAUGCAGAAGCACGGUUACAUUGGAGAAUUUGAGUAUGUUGAUGACCAUAGGGCUGGCAAAAUUGUGGUUGAACUGAACGGGAGGCUUAACAAGUGUGGGGUAAUUAGUCCUCGGUUUGAUAUUGGAGUCAAAGAGAUCGAGGGUUGGACUGCUAGGCUUCUUCCUUCGAGACAGUUUGGGUAUAUUGUGCUCACUACAUCUGCUGGCAUCAUGGACCAUGAGGAAGCUAGAAGAAAGAAUGUUGGUGGAAAAGUACUUGGUUUCUUCUAUUGAGUCAAAUUUCUGAUAAUUUCAUUUU